AUGCGUGCCUCCACCGUCUUCUCCGCCGUCGUUUCCCUUGCUUUGUUCUCGAACCAAGCUUUGGCCACCCCUCCAGCAUGUCUAUUAGCAUGUGUUGCUCAAGUCGGGGGCCAAUCCUCCAAGUGUUCUACUUUGAACCAAGUCAGCUGUUUCUGUGAAAACGAAAACUCUGCCAUUAAGAGCUGUUUGGACUCUAUCUGUCCAAACGGUGAUGCUGAUGCUGCUUACUCCGCAUUCAAGAGCUCUUGUUCCGAUCAAGACGCUUCCUUGAACGACUCGUCUGCCUCCAGUAGUGCUGUCUCUUCUACCAAGGCUUCUUCUUCUUCUUCUUCUUCUUCUGCCAAGGCUUCUUCCACUUCUCAAGCCGUCUCAUCCUCUGCUAAGGUUUCUUCUACCUCUUCUACUGAAGCUCCAUCUUCUACUAAGGCUUCUUCCACUUCUUCUUCCCAAGCUGCUUCUUCCUCUUCUGCUGUCGUCACCUCCUCUUCUGCUGCUGCCCCAUCCUCUUCUACUUUAGCUUCCUCUACUUCUUCUUCCCAAGCUGCUUCUUCCUCCACCAUUCUAACUCAAUCAGAAGGUGCCGCUAACUUAUUACAAGCUGGUAGCUCUUUGGCCCUAGCUGCCAUCGCCGCCUUCAUGUUAUAA